GCGGAAACAAACAGCGAAGCGUUCGCAGAAGAACUGCGUGUUUCCGUGCGAUAUGACUUACUCCGCAAGAAUACCGUGUCGAUCUUUGUGCUCCGCUCGUUCCUUAACUACCAUCUCGUACCAAUUACCGCGGGAGGAGUGUAAACAUCUCUGAAGUCAGGAAGUGGGAUGUGGCCCAGGUGAAAAGCUCGUUAUAUGGUCGCGAGCGUGGGCGCCGUGACUGAUGGCACGCGAUCGGUCACACACAUCAGGAUGACGCGUCGAGGGCGUGCGUUCAAUAUGUGAAUUCGAGCGUGGAGGACAGUAGUUUAGAGAAACAACGAGCCGUUGCAGUGAAGUCUUAGGUGUGAGUGUCAGCUCAGCAUCAUAAUGGACUCGUCUGUGGCGCUGGGAAGGCUGGAGCUCGCGCGUCCGUUAAUGACCCGCGGCUCGUGUUUACCUGAGGGCGCGCAGAGCGCUCACCUGAACGGCUGCGUGCCGCUCUCUCAUCAGGUGGCCGGACACAAGUACGGCGUUGAUAAAGUGGGUAUCUUGCAACAUCCUGAUGGUACGGUCCUAAAACAGCUGCAGCCUCCCCCAAGAGGACCCAGAGAGAUGCAGUUCUACAGUAUGGUGUAUGCUGAAGACCACUGCGACCCCUGUCUUGUAGACCUCCAAGCGCACCUUCCCAAGUACUAUGGCACGUGGUCCUCACCAGAUGCUCCCACAGACCUGUACCUCAAGCUGGAAGACGUGACACGCAGGUUUCAGAAGCCAUGCAUUAUGGACGUGAAGAUUGGCCAGAAGAGCUAUGACCCCUUCGCUUCACAGGAGAAACGGGAACAGCAGAUCAGGAAAUACCCACUGAUGGAGGAGAUCGGCUUCUUGGUUCUGGGGAUGAGGGUGUAUAAAGUUGGCUCAGACAGCUUUGACACAUAUGACCAGCAUUAUGGAAGAGGUCUCGUGAAGGACACAAUCAAGGAAGGUUUAUCCAAGUUCUUCUACAACGAUGACAUUCUCCGCAAAGAUGCCAUCACUGCCAGCAUCCUCAAAGUCCAGAAGAUCCUUCAGUGGUUUGAGGGCCAGAGUCGGUUCAACUUUUAUGCAAGCUCUCUGCUCUUCGUCUACGAGGGCGUCUGCGUGCCCAGUCUCGUCUCUCAGACCCUACGGGAGAGCCCAAUCGCACCCGAGGCCUGUGAGCAGAACAACAACAUCGAUCAGAGCCUCUCCACCAUGUACUCCCUGCACAAGAAAGGCUGCGGCCGGAGCCACUACCAAGCCAAACAGGACAAUGGCGUUUGGAGCUCCUCGCAGCAGCCCAACGGCAACCGCGGCUUGGCAAGACUGGAAGAGGACAGGAAAGAGAGCAAGAGCGAAGCGGGACAGGAAACGGUCAGUGACGUGGAGGUAAAGAUGAUUGACUUUGCACAUGUCUUCCCUAGUGACGUUCCCGACCAGGGUUACAUCUACGGCCUGAAGAACCUACUGAAGGUCCUGCAUCAGAUUCUGGAGGAGUGAUGGAGCGGUUCUUGUUGUUGAAGGUAUGAAUUGUGUAGCCACUUUCAUGUCUGUCCACCCGCCUUUCUCUAAUCUGCACUACCUACACCAUCAGUGGAGUAACAUGUUUGUAAUCCUUCGUCUAAUGUAUGUGCUUUAGUCUUUUAAAAGCUUUGUAUAGUUUAUGAUAUCUUACUCAGGUAAAUGAAUCUAUAAUGCUUGUAUAUUUAUCCUAACAAAGAAGAAACACUCUCAUCAUAUUAUGCAUCAGAUAUUGCGUAUUAGUUCCUGUUUCCAGAGCCAUUGCAGGAUUUUUUUUCUUUUUAACCUUUUAUUUUUUUAAAUCGAUGUAAUUGAAAAUAGGAAUUUCAUGAGUGAGGAUGUACGAAAAUAUAUUUGACGUUUCUUUUUCAUAUGCUGCCAGUAUGACCCUGCCUGUUUCAGACCUGUUGAAUUGUGAAUUUUAUCUCAAUUUUUUAAAUGUGAUUUGAAAAGAAUUAAACCUUUGUGUGUUCAUGUUCUGUGAUUACUGAUGCAAUAUGACUGAAAUAACAGUGAAAGUAGUGAAGUUGAGAUCAUUUAUUGUUUUUUAUUGUACAGCCCUUGAGGUUUGUCUACAUCAAAUGCCAAAGUUUCCAUUAAUGAAGUGAACUUGAAUUGUGAUUUUAAUAAUACAGUCUUUCUUUGGAAUACCAACCAAUUUACUUGGGUGUCCAGGUAUUUCAUUAAAUUGUUUGUACACAUUUAUUUGGUGACAGCAUAGGAUGUGAUAGGAACUAAAAAAGACAUUUAAAGGGUUAGUUCACCCAAAAAUGAAAAUUA